UCAAUAUCGUGUUCAGAGGUGGGAUUGGGCUCAGGGGCCCAGGCUAUUGGCGGAGUACUCACCACCCUCUGACUGAAGCGCUUCAUUUUGGACGUCACGGUGAUGUCCCUCUCCGUGGGGCGACAGACUCGCCCGACUCAACAGCAGCAACAGGAGACAGUAAUCCGCAAUGGACGCAGGUCCGACGGGUCGGGGUAUGGGCAAUGGUACAGGGGGGCGGGGUCGACCAACGAUGGGUUGUGUUCUGGAAUUGGGAGAUCGUGGCCGGUUUGCAAAUGCGCGGUGGACGGCAGUGCGAGGCGGCGAUCUAGGUCGCAGAGAGCGCGUCGACGGAUGGAUGUCGACGUGAUGAUGAAAGGAGGGCGUCACUCGGCGAGGACUGGGGUUUGGCUGUCAGGAUGGCGCCGCUUCGUGAUGCGAGGAGCAGGGGGAAGCUGGGGGACAGGAUUGGCGGGUAAGAUGCGACAGACUGACAACCCAUCAAAAUUGGCAGAUGAAAAGAGCGAUCGGGCAGCGAAAGAAGGGGGCCAGAUUCUCGAGGUUCGAAGAGGAUGGGGGUUAGUCUGGAUCGUCGGUAAAGCUGAAGUUGUUUGCGGGGCCUAGGUGAAGUGUGAGACGACGACGCGGGACCAGAAGCCGGCCUCCCCUAACGUGCUAGCGGCGGUGAAAUAUUAAGGUGAAAAGAGGUACGGGCACACAGUUGUCUGGUGCUCGACAGCUGUAGACGGUCCAGUGACGUGCGGCGGCCAGCUAGGA